UCAAGGCACUGGAUAUAUAUUUUGGGUGAUAUAAUUCACAUCGUUUAUAAGAUUCUUUUACGGCGUUAGAUAUAAUAUGUUAAUGAAAAUAGAUCAUUCUAAAUGGAUAAAAGCUAUACUUCUCUUCAUGGUUUUGAACUCUGUCGUGUUUAUUUACAUUCAAUCCGAUUCUACGUUACCAUGGUAUCAUAUUACGAAGUUUAUUUGGUUAACACCAACUAUGAAUAAAACUUGUAACGGAACACUAUUUCCAGAAAUCCAGAACAAUGAAAGCAACUGGGGACCAGUAGAUAUAGAAAAGACUAUAUUUAUAAUAUCAGCGUACUUUGUAAAAUCUCGGAACAGGGUGUUCGUCAUCGGAGCUAAACCAUUCCAUAGAGUUUCAGUGAUUUGUCAGCUAUGGCAGACGACCUCAGACAAACAGCUUCAAUUCAUGCAACAAACGGAAGCGGAAAUUGUAGCCCCAUCUGGAGGAAAUCGUUACUCUUAUGCAUCAACAAUAUUUGCAUGCCAGAUAAAUGCGACAGAAUCUCCGACACACGUAUCGCUUGUCCUGAAUUCCUGUGACAAUCCACUGAAUAUGUUGCGAAUUCGCGAAGUGUCAAAGCCAGAAAAAUACGAGCGACGGUUUACAGUUUGUACGGCACCCUUGUUUGGAUUUCGUGAUUCUUUGAGGCUAGUAGAAUGGAUUGAAUUCAACAGAAUAUUAGGUGCUGACAAAAUUUUGUUGUAUAAUUAUUCAACAAGUGCCAAAGUACAUGAGAUAAUUAGCCAUUAUUUAAAAUCGGAUUUAAUUGAUGUGAUACAGUGGCGUUUCCCUUUCCCGUCAUUUGACAUAGAGUUCUUUGCCCAGAAAGCAGCACUGAAUGACUGUCUCUUUAGGAAUAAAAAUGUUUCAGAAUUUAUUGUAAAUAUUGAUACGGACGAAUUCAUCAUACCACGCAGUAAGGGAGAAGUGAACUGGUCUCAAAUGUUAGCACAACUUGAUCAGAACUGCGUAGGCUAUCUGAUCAGGCAUACAUUCUUCAGGACAGACUGGAAAAAUGAAAAUCUAAACGUUACUGGAAUCAUUCAAACACUUGACUUAUUUUGAGCACGAGGAAAGAAUAUAUUCCCCCAAUGACCGUUCGAAAUAUUUUGCUCGGACAGCAUAUGUUGAAUUUAUAAACGUCCACGAAAUACCAAGAGGUAGGAUACUAACUGUGCCAACUCAAAAUGGCUUAGUGCAUCACUAUCGGCGGUUUUCAAAAAGAAAAGUGUAUAGAAGGGUGAAGGACUUUACUGUACUUGAAAAAUUUGGAGAUCGGUUGAUUAAAAAUGUGCAAACUACAUUGAUAAACUUGAUAUAGAAAAUUGUUUAAUCUUCUUACUACAUGUAUACCGAGUAGUAAAAAUCUAUAAACUCUUCCUGUAAACAGUGAGAAUAUUGUCUCUAAUGCUUUAGUUUUAAGCUCGACUAUUCGAAGAAUAGUGAGAGCGACCCUACUCACAUGGGCGUCGGCUUUACACGUUGGCUAAAAUUUUGUAUGCAAGCUCGUAUCUCAAUAACCACUAAAUCUGUUGGAUUGAAACUUUACACAAAGCUUCCAAAGA